CUUUGAAGUCACAACUUGAGACCAUUGAUAUGGAGAUUCCUGAAGGAAGAAGAGAUGUAGCCAGAACCGAUGGAGAGAACACGACCAGUUCUUCGGUUGUGUUUAUAACCGUAGCAGCCGUGGCAAUAGUUGGACCGCUUGUGGGUCUGAUGAGUUUCAGCCUCGUAGCGACCAUGACUCUGUUUCUUAUCGUUUCUCCGUUGAUGCUGAUAUUUGCUCCGGUGUUGAUGGCAACGGUGGCGAUUCUUGUGGCAGCUGUGGUGGGUGUUGGGGUGGCUGCAGUCAUGUGGUUAGUGGGGAUUGCCGCUUUGGUUUGUUGUGGACGAGAGAUUGGUGUUGGAACCGGAGUUGCUGAGAGGAUGGUUGAAUCGGUGGUGAGAGAAUUAGGUUAUGGUCGGAGUCGUUACUUCCAAGACAAGUGAGAUGAUGGUUCUUCAGGCUUACGUUUCUUUCUUUUUCAAUCUUGGAAAAAGCGGCCGUCUCAUGAUUCAUGAGAUUUGAAGUGAAUAAAGAAAGUUGAAAACAAAGAAGUGAAUAAAGAAAAAACAAAAAGAUGUCUAUGAUAACUAUAAUUUUUGAUCUAUUUUGUUAAGUGUUUUCUUUUGGGUCAUCUUUUGUUAAAGUUUGAGCAAUUUUUGUUACAAACAAAGAGAUGACUAUGCCUAUGUAUCUUUUGUUAAGUGUUCGAAUUGCAAAAUC